CCAACCAAAAAAAAAAAAGAUGUUGAACGUCUCGUAUCAGAACGGAACAAUCCAUCAGGAAGAGAGCGGACUCGACAUCAGUGCAUAUCUGGAUUUCGAAAACUUUGUAAAGUAUUUCAUUCCAGUCAUUUUUGGACUGUUGGUACUUUUUGGAAUGAUAGGAAACACGAUGGUCAUAUAUUGGAUCUCGUUCAAAGAAAAACUGAACCAACCAACCAACAUUCUGAUAUUUUUCCUUGCACUUGCUGACUUGCUAUUUGUACUUUCGUGUGUUCCAUACACGGCAGUCCACUAUGCAAUGUCGGAUUGGCCUUUCGGAAAUAUCUGGUGUAAAGUUGUAAACUUCACCACACAUGUCUGUGCAUAUGCCAGCGUUUGGACACUGGUGCUUUUGUCUUUAGAUAGAUGCCUCGCUGUUGUGCACCCUAUGGCAACCAAAAAAAUAAGAACCCGGCGAAACACUUUCCUCAUGGUGUAUGCAACAUGGGCAAUAAUCAUUUGUGGUAAUAUUCCUGUUCUUUUGCAAUUCGGAGUUAUCAGGUACCAAUGGGAGGGCUUUGACCGGUCAGCAUGCCUCAAUCUAGCCGGUCUUUACAACAAACGUGUAUUAAAGGUGUUCUACGGCUGUUUCUUUAUCUUUGGCUAUGCUUUUCCACUGACUCUUAUUUGUACGUUGUACGGAUCUCUUGUCAAACAUCUACGCCUUAGAACCCCUUUGUCCUUGCGACGACACCGGAGAAGCAUGCGGGCCAAGCGACAGGCGACUCGGAUGAUCAUCAGUUUUGUGAUUGCAUUUGCCUUAUGCUGGCUACCGAUCCAUGCUAUUCUGAUUAUUAAGAACUUCAUAGAUUUUGAAGCAACGAUAGGGUUUACUGCAGUAAUGAUGUUCGCCAAUUGUCUUGCAUAUAUAAACAGCUGUAUAAAUCCAAUCUUAUAUGUUUUCCUGUCCGAGAAAUUUCAAAAAAAAUUUCGAAGUUGUUUAUCAAACUCCAGGAGUUGGACUUGCAUUAAAAAGGAUCAACCCAGAGGAGGAGGAUUGAAAACCGUUAAAAUUAACUGUAAUAAAGAAAUCAAUGAUACUAAAAUCACAGAUAUUGUGUAAGUUAAGAAAAGGAAAGCACUCUUUUUUUAUAUAGAUGCAUACAUGUAAA